AUGACGUCUGCAAACCCGGAGUGUAAUGACGACUGCAAGUGGCAGAAGCAUGUGGACAUUAAAUCUGGAUCGACUUACUACUUUAACAUUCAUACUGGCGAGUCAUCCUGGGAGGCUCCUGCCAGGCUAAAGACUUUGCAGGUGCAAGACACAGCGCACGAUGCAACUACAAAUUGGCGCGAGUAUGUCGACGACGAGUCCGGUAUGACAUAUUACCACGACGAAACAAGUGGUGAAAGUCGAUGGGAUAAGCCGGAAAAUUUUUGUCCGAGUCAAACGAUCAGGAAGAAAUGCAGUGAUAAUGAGCCUGAAGAGCAAGUCGCAUCAGAACGACGUGACAAUGAAAUUUCACGAGAGAUUGACACGACGGAACAGAAUGUUCAAUUACAGGAGAUUAAAGACAAACUGCCAGUCGAUAGUAUUCCCAAAAGUACUGAAAAAGAUUCGGGUACAGCUACGGACGCAAGCCAAAAGUCUCAACAAUGGGUAAAGUACGUGGAUGCUGCUAGCAACAAGCCAUACUACUACAACGCAAACACAGGCAAAACGCAAUGGGACAAGCCUGAAAAACUUGAUGAGACCGCAGUAGCUCCCACGGCUUCUGGAAUGACUGCCGAGUAUCAGGCUUAUCUGAAUCGAAUGCGUACAGAUCACCUAACGCGCGUGACGCAGCAAGUCCUAGACCCGUCGGGCAACCUGACCAAGCUAAAUGCUAUACUAAAUGAGAUUGACGGUCAGCCUUCCUCGAAUAAAGCGUCAGAUGAAAAAAAUGAUGCUGAUCUGUCACGAACGCUCAAAUCAGAAUGGCAACAGCAUUUCGACGCUCAGACCCAGCGCUACUAUUACCACAAUGUGGUUACAGGGGUUACACAGUGGGCAAAACCAGACGCACCCAUUGUCUCGGGGUUGUCAGAUUGGAUACCCCCACAAGUCCCCGAGGCUAAUUCGACAAGCGCUGAUACAGUAAAAAAUUCUGGCGAACAAUAUGUUGCCCGAGCAAAAUUUAAUCGGCUGACCGGCAAGUACGAGCAACUCGGCGGUGAUGACUAUUGGAAAAAUGCAGGUAUUGCUACCGAUCGUGCAGGGCGACAAAUGAGCCACUUUUUCGAUAUGACGGAGUUAGAGAGAAAUCGAGAGGAAGCACGGCGUAGAAAGGAGCAAUUGAAGCGAAGGAACAUUGACUGGAAGAAAAUAGCAGCGGAAAAGAAAGCCAAGAAGCGGAAGCAGAGGAACGAAUGGCUGUUUAUUGACUAA